GAGAGCCGGCGUGUAAUGGCUCCUCUGCCAUAAUACUUGUACAGACAGGAGAGUUGGGAGCAGUUCUUUUGUAGGACUGGAAGGGAAUGGCAAACUGCAUGGUUACCGUGGAGACACCCAUUUAAAGAGAAUGGCUGAGGCUAUUUGCUGCACCUUGGUAAACUGCAACUGCGAGAGUUUCAAACCAGGGAAGUUGAAGCGGAGACAGUGUGAGAACUGCAGACAUGGAUGGGUAGCGCACGCGCUGAGCAAGCUGAAAGUGCACCACAUGUAUCAGGGCAGCCAGGUGGAGAUAGUGCACUCCAAUGUGGUCUUCGACAUCUGCAGCCUGAUGCUGUACGGGACGCAGGCCAUCCCGGUGCGGCUCAAGAUCCUGCUGGACCGGCUCUUCAGCGUGCUGAAGCAGGAGGAGGUGGUCCAGAUCCUCAACGCACUGGACUGGACACUGCAGGACUACAUCCGUGGAUACGUGCUGCAGGACGUUACUGGGAAAGUUCUGGACCGUUGGGCGAUUAUGACCUUCGAAGAGGAGAUCGCUACGCUGCAGCAGUUUCUGCGUUUCGGGGAGACCAAGUCAAUUGUUGAGCUCAUGGCCAUUCAGGAUAAGGAAGGACAGGCAGUGAUCGUUCCCAGCACCAGGACCAACUCAGACAUCCGCACCUUCAUUGAGAGCAGCACGCAGCGCAGCCCGAGCCUGCCCAACAAGGUGGAGAAGCUGAGCACCAGCAACGUCCAUCACUUCGAGAACUUCAUCAACAGCAUGGCCUUCAUGCUGCCCUUCCAGUUCCUCAGCUCAGUCCCGGCCCCCCUGCUUGGCUCAUCUUCCCCCGGGUCUUUCCUCCUGGGACAGGACCAGAGACGGGAGCAGCAUUGCAGGACCGAAGAGCCCACCCCUGUCCCUCCCUCGGCCACUGAGGGUAGCCUUCUGGGCUCCAGCUCCGCCUCCUUCACCUCAGACGUCGAAAAGGGCGACAAUCCCCUCGAGUCCACCACGCCUAAAGUGGAGGCCGAGGACUUCCCAACCAGCGAUAAUUAUUCGGACGCCCCCUCCACGCCCUGCACGCCCUCCAUGAGCUGUGAUGUCACGCAGAUGUCCCCCGAGAGCAAGAUGAGAUCCCUGGAGAAGAAUGGCAGCGGGCUCAAGAAAGGCCGGGUCUACUGCAGUGCCUGUGAGAAGACCUUCUACGACAAGGGCACCCUGAAGAUCCACUACAACGCCGUGCACCUGAAGAUCAAGCACAAGUGCACCAUCGAGGGCUGCAACAUGGUGUUCAGCUCCCUGCGCAGCCGCAACCGGCAUAGUGCCAACCCCAACCCCCGCCUACACAUGCCCAUGAACCGCAACAACCGUGACAAGGACCUGCGGGGCGGUCUGUCCGUGGCUGACUCCCCGGAGGGGGAGAAGAGGCCGGAGUUUGGCCCCGUCCCUGCCGAAAGCCGGACUGUCUCCAGCUACAUCAUCAACAGCGCCGACUCCAAGCUGCAGAGCGGUUUCCCGAGCAUCAGCCAAAGCGGGAUCUUAUUCCCUAACCUGAAGACGGUUCAGCCCGUCCUGCCCUUCUAUCGCAGCCUUGUCACCCCCGCUGAGCUGGCCAACACCCCAGGCGCUCUGCCCUCCCUACCCCUGAUCUCCUCGUCCGUUCUGGCCAAGCCGGCCGCCACAGAGCCUUCCUCCGACCCUGUACCAAAGAAGAAGUCCCGCAAGUCCAGCAUGCCCAUAAAAAUUGAAAAGGAGGCGGUGGAGUCUGCGGGGGACCUGGAGGGUGAGAGCAGUGCGGAUGAGGAGGUGCCUCUGCCAUCGAGGGAGAAGGACGAGUCCGACAGUGGCAGCUAUGUUUGCGAGAAGCAGGUGGCAGGUGACAGGGACACCUAUGGUGUCAUUCAGGCCAUGGACAGAGAGAACCCUUCUGCCGCCCUGUCGAGGUCCCUCGACUUCCGGUCGAACGCGCCGCACUGCACCAGCAAGGAGGAGGAGGACGGGCCGCAGCACGCAGAUGCUGGGGUGAGGUACACACUGGAAGGCAGCGUGAUAACAUGCACAUCACCCUUCGACGCCGGCCAGAAGGAGAAUCGCGGUCUUACCAACGCAGCUCUGGGGCCCGAGAUGGAGAGCUACGGCGGUAUGCAGUCUGAAAACAAGGCCCCCGGUGCUGACCGCGCAGAGACCGACCACAGGGCCACAAAUGGAGGACUGUUGAAAAUAUUAACAAACAGCAAGGAGGCCCCACAGCUGUGUGCGGAUGACUACGAGAACGGCUUCCCAGAGACUGAUCCCCAGGCCAUCUGCUCGGACAGGGAGGACCUUCCCCACCACUGUGAGAUCUGCAGCAAAACCUUCAAGAACCCAUACAGUGUGAAGAUGCACUACCGCAACGUUCACCUGAAGGAGAUGCACAUGUGCACUGUGGAAGGCUGCCAUGCUGCCUUCCCCUCCAGGAGAAGCAGAGACAGGCACAGUGCAAAUCUGAACCUACACCACAAGCUGUUGACCAAAGAUCACUAUGGAGCACCAAGCACAAUCUACCCCAGCUCUUCUCUCUGCAGAGACACAACUGCCGACUAUCGCCAGGAUUUCCCCUUAAAGGAUCCAGUUGGGCAGGCGUCUGUGAUAUUCAAAGGGCACAACAGGAUGGGUUUGGUCUUUCCCAUGAGUAAGACUGCAGACGGCAGGCUGGAGCCACUCGGAGAGGCUGAAAUGGUGGACGAGGCUGUGUUGGACCUCAGCACCUCUUCCGUCCCCAAGUCCGGGGGCAGCGUGCGCUCGUCCUGGGACUCGGACGGAGGCAGCGAGGAGGGAUUCCCCAUGGAGGACAGCGAUGAGAGCUGCGAUGGGAUGAAUCUGGCCUCCAAAGAAGGGCUGCACCUGAGCCUGGCAGAGAGGCCGGGUGGCUGCCCCACACAGCACAUGCAGGGUGGCUCCCCAAUCACCUGCUACAUCUGCCAGAAGGUGUACAGCAACAAGGGCACGUUCAGGGCUCACUACAAAACCGUUCACCUCCGGCUGCUUCACAAAUGCAAAGUCCCUGGGUGCGACACCACGUUCUCGUCCGUCAGGAGCCGGAACCGACACAGCCAGAACCCCAACCUGCACAGAAACUUGACUGCAAGUGCACCGCACGACCAGGACUAGCAUGAGUGCUUCAUUCAAAUGGGUUGCAAUUGACUUAAUUUGUGCUACCUACAGCUCAAAUAAAAAUUAUAUUGGUAUAAUCCCUUUCCUUCAGACAUUGAUAUGACAAGAAAGGGUGUUAUUCUAUUGUGGGUGCUUUUUCCCGGAAUUGCCGUGAAGUUAAUAUUUUUGGAGUACACUUUAUUUUCUGUGGUGCAACACGUGAUUGGUACAAAAAGCACAUUACCCCAUGUCAGUUCAGUUCACAUUGAAAGGGGUCUUUAUUGACAGAUUUGUCUUUCAGGUAUUUCUGGUUGUAUUUUCAUUGAAAAAAGUUAACAACUAACAAUAUCAAGAAAGAAUUAAGAGAGUGCGCAACAUUUCCUUGAAACUACCUACCUAUUGGUUACAUUUCAAACAUUUGUAACAAAUGAAUAUGAAAUUGAAAUACAGUUGCGAGUUAAAGAUGUACUUUUGUCUUGCUAAAUCUGGUUUGCAUCCACUUUGUCAGGAAUAAAUAUUAUUUCAAAUAUUAAGGAAUGACUAUGUGUACAACAUAUUUACUGGGUUAAUGUUGACUAUUUCUGCAUUUGGAAAAAAAAUAAGCUCUGAACAAAUACAGAUCAUUAAACCUGGGAGUAUAUUUUCAGUACCUCAAGCCUGAUCAGAACUGGUCUGAUGAGGCAUUUUUUGUUGAAUUUACAUUUCAUGUCUAUCACAGUAAAGUUUCACAGUUUUUCUAUUAUUACAUCACAAGGAAAUGUCUACUUCAUAUGUGGCAUCUUAGUUCUUGUCCCCCCUUUUUAUUUCUAUGCACUUACAAGUACUUACGAUCAAGACAUUUCUUGCCUUACAGUAUGUUUCACAUAGACCAAGUCUGGUUGCUAUGGGACCCACAGUUCCCAUUCUUUCCCAGCAUACUUGGUGCAAUGUUAUUUCAUUGUGUCCUAAUUGCAUUUCAAUCAAUGGUACUAUGUGAACUGUUUAAAAUGUUCUUGUUAAUAAGUGUUGAUCUUAUUUGAUGUCCACAUUUUCUUGUGAAUUAGAGUAUUGUUUUGAUGGAUGCGGCUGUGAAGUCUUAGGUUUGUGGCAUUUUCAGACUAUGAUCCUAAAAACGUCUUUGUUGAAAAUGUGUUGUGUACUUGCUAAAUUAUUGUUUGGUAUUUUUUGUAUAGCUUUGUUUUUCUUCCAUCUUACAUUGUUGCUAAAACCUAAAGUUGACCAAAGAUUUAUCUCUAAUGAGGUGUUUAAAAUCCUUGUAUAUGGGGUAAUCAGUAUUAAACUGCAGUUUUAGAUCAUUUGAAAUGUUUUCAAGCUGUCAGUAAGUGUAUCAAGGCUAAACUUGAACUUGGGCUCUGUUCAAAAAGCUAUGAAUUGUAUGUUAUUUAAAGAAUUGUAUAUUUUUCCAGGUCUUUGUGUUAAGAAAUUUGAUGUUGUGAUAUUUGUCAUUUUUGUCAACUGGUUCAAGCCAUGAAAUAUACCCAUGUAAAUAUGCUGCUUGCUUGUCUUGUCAUUGCAGAUAUUUGAACUUUAUAGAUCAGGGGUGUCCAAUCUUAUCUGAAAAUGGCCGAUGUGGGUGCAGGUUUUUGUUUCACCCUAGCACUAAGACAUCCGUUUCAACAAAUUACCUAAAUCAUGGUCUUCAAUCAACACCAAUGAAUUAUAACAAUUGUCUUAUUGCUGAGAUAAAACAAAAAUCCACAAACACACCAACCAUUUUUUUUUAAACUCCUGAUAUAAAUUUGAUUAAUUGAGCAAUUCAAGGCCGUUGGUACAAAGUUACCUGUGGACACAACACUUAACACGAAACAAGUUACUGUAAAAAAGUCUUGCACUGACAAAAAAAAACAAUUAAAGCUAUGAACAGAGCCCAACAUCAAAAUCUAGUCACAAAAGAUCUGGUACAAUAUUGUUUAUUUAAUUGUAUAUUUUGUGAAUAGAAACAUUUGUACUCUGAAAGAAACCAAAAAAACUUACACUGUAUCUUGUUCUUUAUAUUAGAUGUAUCAUCUAUAUGCAUCUAUGGUCAUUAAUUUACAGGAUGGUCAAAACACAUUUCUCAAACUAGUGUUCUAUUAUGCUUCACUUGUUUGUUUCUCAAUGUGCUUUUGUAACUUUGUUUUAUUAUGCAUAUAAUUAAAAUGCUAUAUUACCAUUUCUUUGUCAUGUUACAUGAGUUUUUGUAUAAAAAAAGCAACAACAUUAAUAAACUUCCAUAUUUUUAGAUUUAUUGGUAUUCAUAAA